AGAAUCGGGUUAAAGAAAAACCCUAAACCUCAUUUUACCUAAAUCUUCAUACAGCAGCCCGCAGCCUACGCCCUACCUCCAGACCUCCUUCUUCUCUCUCAUUGUUCUUCAAGCUUCCAUUAUCAACAAUUUCAGCAUCUAGUCUUCACUCUUCAAUAUUGUCGAUUAUCAGCCGACCUCGAGCCCUCGACUUCCGCCCAUUAUCAGCCACCAGCAGCAGCGGUUCGCUUGAUGUGUUCGUGGUUCGCUUGUCGAUUAUCUGUUCGUGGUUCCAUUAUCAAGAAUCGCUCGAAGCAGCAAUAGCCAUCGCUCAGCAGGCUCUAGGCUCUGCUCUAGCCUCCUCCGUCUCCUCCUCUACUCUUCACUCUUCGGUUGGGACUGUACAAGGUUGACAGAGAACCUUUGAUUUCGGCAUUCUACAAAGUAGACCAAUGGCUCUAGCAAGAAGAGGGUUAACAAAGAACCACUUAUGGAGGCUUCCAAGUAACCUCUUUCAAACCUUCAAAUUCAGCUCCACUUCACCAUCUACUACUACUGUUACUACUACAACUACAAUUGAUUCAUCAAAAAACACAAAGCGAAAGAAACACAAGAAUCUCUUCGAAGUUGCACAAUUUUUACCCAAUUGGGGUGUUGGCUAUCACUUGGCUAAAUCUCAUUGGACUAAUGUUUCUUAUGAGAUCACCAAGAUUAAUCUCUACAAGGAUGGUAGACAUGGGAAAGCUUGGGGACUUGCCUAUAAAGAUGGUAAACCUGCUCCUGCUCCAAAGAAAAUUAGUGGAGUUCACAAGCGCUGUUGGAAAUACAUUCGAAACCCAUUAAAAUUAGUGGACUAUCCAAAGCUUGAGGCUGAAGCAGUUUAACUGAAGCUCCAUACAUCAUUUGGUUGCAUAAACGAUUUUCAUUUUCGGGUAAUUUGUCUCAGUCUGGGAGACCCCAUAUAUGGGUGGUGCUUCAUUUCUUGUGACUUCAGAAUUUCAGAUAGUGUUCACUGUUUCACUAUCAAUGCAAUUUUCUUAUGUAGAAUCAGAGGUCUUGACUCUUGACGAAAGAUGCAAUUUUUGUUCUGGGUCAUGUAUGGCUUUUCCGGUUCUUUCAAAUUGACAUCUUAAAACUGUUAUCUCUGAUAAGUAGGAUGUUAUGAAUCUUUAACCUUACAUGUUGUCAACAAACAAGAAAACCUAACUAAACUCAUUAAUGGUUAUUAGUGCUUAA